GGUGAGUCCAGUGAUGAAGGGGUUAAUGGUGCACAUUCUGUGCAAGUGGCUUACAAAAGUUUGAGAGUUUGACGGCCUUUCCAUUCCGCAUUCGCGUUUUCACACGGAUCAGAGGUUCACGGCGUGUCCAUUUUAAAUUAAGACCUGUUUGACUGAAGCUGGUAUGCAAACCAUUGCACUGGUGGUGGUGGUGGUACUGGGAGCAUCACUGGUGUUGCCAGACCCAGACACAGGAGACAGGGUGGCUCCGGAUCCCAUUCCUUGCUCUAAGGGCUGCACCUGUCUGCCUGAUGACUUCACCUCAGAGCUCAACAUGUACUGCAGUGUUCGAAACUUCACACGAAUACCGACCGACAUGCCGCCAUCGACCCAUUCCCUCUGGCUGGAUGGAAACUUUUUCACCACCCUUCCACCUGCGUCUUUCAGAGAGCUUACCAAUCUGGAUUUUUUAAAUCUCCAGAGCGGCCAGUUGACAACUCUUGACCCUCAGGCUUUCCGAAACCUCAGGUCAUUGGCGCAUAUUCACCUUGAGCGGAAUCGCAUCAGAACGCUACCUGUUACACUCUUCCAGAACACGCCUAACCUCGCUUCACUCAGCCUGCACAAUAAUCUGAUCAGCCGCAUUGAUGAAAGACUAUUUUCUGGGCUCUCCCACAUGUGGCUUCUUAAUCUAGGGUGGAACUUGCUAACGGUCAUACCACAAACAGCUUUUCAGGACCUCCAAGGUCUGCGGGAACUCAUUCUUGCAGGAAACAGAAUUGCUUACUUGCAGCCACAGCUCUUCCAAAACCUUGGUGAGCUUAAAGAACUGGACCUCAGUGGUAACUACCUCAAGGUGAUUAAAGCCAACGUGUUUGUUAAACUCAGUAAGCUGCAAAAGCUGUACCUGGGCCAGAAUCAGAUUGUGACAGUGGUGCCCAGAGCAUUUGUAGGCAUGAAGUCACUCAGAUGGUUGGAUAUUACAAACAACAAACUAAGUUCCCUCCAUGAAGACACAUUCAUGGGUCUGCACAGUCUUCACGUCCUGCGUCUCUCCAACAACUCUCUCACCACCCUGGGGCCCAGGACUUUCCGUGAUCUGCAGUACUUGGAAGAACUACGACUCAGUUACAACAAAAUUCGAGCUCUCGGGGAAAGGGUCUUUGAGGGGCUUGGCCACCUGGAGGUCCUAGAGUUAGAACACAACCAGGUGCAGGAGGCACAGAUGGGUAGUUUCACUGGUCUGUCUCAUGUAGCUGUCAUUAACCUGUCUGGAAGUUGCUUUCUGAGUCUGCCUGAUCACAUGUUCAAAGGUCUGUCCAAGCUUCACAGUCUCCACCUGGAUAGAGGCUGCCUAACAAGGAUCACAGCUCAAGCCUUCAGCGGCCUCUCUGGUUUACGGAGGCUUUUCCUUCAACACAACAACAUAUCCGUGGUGGAACAUCAGAGCUUUGUGGAUCUGGUUGGCCUUCUGGGACUGGACUUAAGCUUCAACAAGCUGGAGGUUCUUACAGCCAACACUUUCUCUGGCCUCAAUAACUUGGAAUAUCUGCUGUUGUCCAACAAUGAAUGUCGACAGUUUUUGCAGAACGGGACAAAGCAGCUGCUUCCACAUCUGCUUUAUCUGGAUUUGAGAGCUAAUUUCUUCACAAGCAUUGUGCCUAAUUUCUCUGAGAGCACAGAGAAACUUCUGCUGUCUGGAAACCGUUGGAAAUGUGACUGCAGCACGCUCCCCCUGAGAAACUACAGCCUAAUGAAGCCACAGGUAGUACCUCGACAAGUAGAGACCCACGCAGAGGGUGAAGAACCUGACACUACGAUCACCAUUUAUAACAACAUCACAUGCAGCAGCCCAUCCCGUCUGGCUGGACAGGACCUCCGGGAUGUGGACGCAGAACACUUCAGACAUUGCAGAACAGACACAAACUGAAUUACCAGAGAAACUGAUAUCAACCAUCAUCUUGAGCAGUUCAGAAUUAAAUGAGUUUGAUUAAAACACAAAACAUGAUAGAAAAAUUGGUUUAGCGUUUUAUUUGUGGCUUUUGCAUGCAGCUUUACUUAAAACAUAUAUAUCUGGGAUUAAGAACUAGCUUCUUAAGUAAACGAGCAAUAUUUAAUUUGGUUGAACUUUGAACUUGAACUUUGCUUGAAAAAUUUUAACGUGCAAUAAAAUCCUUGCAGCAGUUUAGUUUUUGUUAAUGUCAGAGAGUACGAUGUAAAAACCUGUAUUUAUGUGCUCAUUGGAAUAAGUCUAUUGGUGACGUGUAAUUAAAAUCUGUCCAAUGGUU